AUGAAACAAAAUCAUGCAUCAGCAAUAGAUCGUUUUGAUCUAUUUACACUUGUAUUUGAUAUUUUGAUUUCGAUUGUUGGCGGUAUAAUUGUUAAUCGUUUAAUUCCAAUUUUGAAAGAGAAAUUUAUUCGAGCUCAAUUAUGGGGAUAUGAUUUAAAUAAAAGAAAUUCAAAAGAAGUUAAAAUUGCAGAAUCUCAGGGUGUGAUAGCAGCUGGUAUUUUUCUUAUAUUAAUGUUUAUUAUGAUAGCUAUUGUAUUUUCUGAACAUUUACAUCCGCUAAGCGAUUUUCCACAUAAUAAAUUUAUUGAAUAUUUAGCUGCUUUAUUAUCUAUAUGUUGUAUGGUGCUACUUGGUUUUGCAGAUGACGUACUUGAUUUACGUUGGAGUGUUAAAUUGUUGUUACCAUUGAUUGCCUCGUUACCAUUGCUAUUAGUUUAUUUUGCUAAUUAUCAUUCUACAACUAUUAUUCUUCCUAAACCCGUAAGACCAUUGCUAGGCCAUCAAUGGAAUCUUGGUAUUCUAUAUUAUGCCUAUAUGAGUAUGGUAUCUGUAUUUUGUACAAAUGCAAUAAAUAUUCUAGCAGGUGUAAAUGGGCUUGAAGUUGGUCAAUCGAUUGUAAUUGCAAGUUCAAUACUUAUGUUUAAUCUUGUUGAAUUGCAAGGUUCUUGCUCAGAGGAGCAUCUUUUUUCGCUGUAUUUUAUGAUACCAUUUAUUGGCUGUACCUUUCCAAUUUUACUUCGAAAUUGGUGUCCAGCACAAAUCUUUGUUGGCGAUACGCUCUGUUAUUUUUCUGGUAUGACAUUUGCAGUAGUUGGUAUUCUUGGUCAUUUUAGUAAGACCAUGUUACUUUUCUUUAUACCUCAAAUUGCUAAUUUUCUUCUAUCAAUACCUCAAUUGUUUCAUUUUAUUCCAUGCCCAAGACAUCGUUUACCAAGAUUAAAUCCGGAAUUAAAUAAAUUGAAUCCGUCGGAAGUUGAAUUUAAAAAAAAGGAUUUAAAACCACUUGGUUGGUUAAUGUUACGAUUUUUCUCAGCAAUUAAAUGCGUAAGAUACCGAGAAUAUAAAAUGCAUGACAAUGAAGUAAUGAUUGCAACAACUAAUUUUACUAUCAUUAAUACAGUACUUUGUUGGGCUGGUCCAUUACAUGAAGCAACACUUACUCAAAUUUUACUUCUCAUACAGAUUAUAUUUGGUACUGCACUUCCAUUUUUUAUUCGUUAUUAUCUAGUUAAAUUUUUCUAUGAUUCAUAA